AUGUCAAAACCAUCACGCUUUGAUCACCUCUAUGUGGAUGACUUUUACUUCUCUGCUCUCUCAAAUGCAGAUGAAGAGAUCUUUCCAAUAUCAGACGAAAAAUAUGCUGAGGAGUUGCAACUACAGGAGGCUUUAAUGUCCUCAGUGGUCUCUUGUCAAACAGCAGUAGCAGUAGAAGUAGCAGUACAUCGGUCAUUGAAACCCAUUGAAAAGCCUAAACUGGUAAGGGUAGAAGCCGGCGAGUCUUCUAAGGGCUUCUGUGAGAUUUGCAUGGACGAGAAACCCAGAGGAGAGAUGUUCAGAAGCAAGACUUGCUCUCACUCCUACUGUUCCGAUUGUAUAAGCAAACAUGUUGCAGCAAAAGUCCAGGAGAGCAUUAACGUGGUAAGAUGCCCCGGAUCCAACUGUACAGGGGUGCUGGAACCCGAUCUCUGUCGCUCCAUUAUCCCAGCAGAACUUUUUGAUCGGUGGUCUAGCGCCCUGUGUGAGUCUCUAAUUCUUGGCUCCAAUAGUUUAUAUUGUCCCUUCAACGAUUGUUCGGCACUGUUGGUGGACGAUGGUGGGGUGAUUGUUAGGGAGUCUGAGUGCCCAAAUUGCCGGAGGUUGUUUUGCGCACACUGUAAGGUACCAUGGCAUUCAGGGGUGGGGUGUGAGGAGUUUGAGAGAUUGAACAAGGAUGACAGAAAGAAAGAAGAUCUCAUGAUGAUGGAGCUUGCUAAAUCCAAGAAAUGGAAGAGAUGUCCCCAGUGCAAGUUUUUUGUCGAGAAGAGGGAUGGUUGUUUACAUAUUACGUGCAGGUGUAAAUUUGAGUUCUGCUAUGGGUGCGGUUCGGGAUGGUCUGACACUCAUGCCGGUUGCCAAACUAAGGAUUGCACUUUCAGAGAAUAA